GACUCUAGUCAGGACCUCAUUUCAGAGAAGGUUCAGAAGCAGAAACAAGAACAAGAACAAGAACAAGAACAAGAACAAGAACAAGAACAAGAACAAGAACAAGAACAAGAACAAGAACAUGAAGAAGCUGGUGGUGUUUCUGCUCUGCAUGGUCCUGCUGACCCUCUACACAGAUGCCAACCCAAUCAUCAAGGAGAGCUUUGCUAAGCAGCUGCUCCGCAGCAAGAGGCAGGCCGGCUACCCCGACGAGCCCAUGAGGGAGCAUAUGCUCCACAUGCAGGUUCUGGAUCAGAGGGCCCAGGAGACCAGCAUGGAGAACUGGCUGAACCCUCACUGCUACCCCCGCUGUGACAGGAACUACGGACACCCCCACUGAUCACGAAAAGGACCAGAGGUGACAACAUGACCAAGAUGACAAAUGAAGCUCUUGAAACAAUGGAUGUCUCUCUCUCUCUCUUUCCUGAAAUGUGAUCAUGUAAAGAAUAAAUGGUCAUUUAUGUAAUCAUAUUGUAAUAUGGCUGUGUAGUGUACUGUAGUGUUGAAUGAAAACAAGGUUGUGUACCGUGUAUCAUCAGAAUGGAAGGUUUUAAUGCCAUCACAAAUAUUAAAAUGCAUGCAACAACA